ACUUUGACGCAAUAUCGUCAGGGGCCAACAAGUCACAAAAUGAUAAAAUGGAAAAUGUUUGUUGUGAUGAGCAUUACGAUUUGUUGAUCAAGACUCAAUCGACGUGCGAAGGCAUACUUGCAAGUGGAAGAUCCGAUAUCUGGUCAACCUAUGGCGCCUUGAGGCGUGCUACAGCGGUGUUUUGUGAUAUUCUCUUACAGGGUUUGGCUGUUGAAGAUGAAGAGGAAUUACUGAAAUAUUUGCUUGAUAACAACCCAAAACAUUUUGUCAAGGAAACAAGCCUUAGUUUUGAUUCCUCAGUUGCAACAAGUUUGGAACAGUUCAUAGAAGAGGAAUGUCUGCUCUCCUAUUCUGCAUCUUUAGUCAUUGAGAACUGCUUUCUUGAUGGUGAUAGGAAGCAGAUUUCAAAGCUUUACAGAGAGAAUGCAUUUGUGAGGUCAAGACCAUGCUUGCUGUGUUUAAAGAUAUGCUUUGCAGCUCUGGAGCAAAAUAGCUUGGAUCUUCUAACCUCACUGAAGAAUACUUGUGCAACGAAAGAACAAUUUUUUCAAUACAUAAAGGAAGAACGAGGGUUUGACCCAAUUAUUCUAGAUCACAAAGAUGAAAAGACUCUCACUUCAUCUGUUAAUACUUCAAGCGUUCCUAGUUAUUCUUACUCAAUUAGCUCUGGAGAUGAGAUUGGCUCGGAUGCCCAAGAUAGCAUUCUAGAAAUAUUCGGGAGUCCCCCUGAAAAUGCCAUACAGUCGGAUGGUUUUACUGGAAAAGUUUUCAGACAGGAUGUCUCUAAGCGUCGAAGUUUGCAUCAGGACGUGCUUAUGACCAGCGCGUUAGCUGCAGUCAUGGAAACAAACGAAGAUGGCGUAGUAUGGUUUGAUGAUACAGACAGGAAAAGUCUUGUAGCCGAGCCAGUCGAUAAAGCACGUCAACGAAUCGCAAGAAUGAGAGAAAUCUCUCGAAGUGAAAGUAGCUUAUUUAAUGAGCAUGGUCAUAUCGAGACCGAGGGAAACCGUUUAUUUGAGGACCGGAACACAAACGAGGCUGUUUUGCAGUCUGAUUCAAAAGCUUCAGUGACCGCAAAAACACCUAACGCGUCAAAAACUGACGAAUUAACUGACGAUAUCACACCAGUAUUGUUACGCAGAUCCAGCAAUGUUGUUACUACACCGUUCAAACGGGGCCAUAAUCGAUCAAAGUCGGAUCAAAUCGGUGUUUUAAAAACGGUUGAUGCAUCUGACACCGAAGACGGGAAAAGAGAAGAAGUCUUAUUACCGAAUUCUGCACCCGAAGAAAGCCGCCAUGAAGGAUAUUAUUAUCAACAUGAAGACGGGCGUUUGUUUCCUAAGCCAUACAAAGGACAAUCACUGAUCAGCUACCUGGACUCAAGAAUUUACGAUACCGGAGCAGAACUUGACAAGGAAAAUGCACAUUUUAGCAUCUGUGAAGCACUAAUCACUGCCAUUGAACAGAUGAGAUGCUCAAAGCAGUUCGACUCAGAAAGUGAUGAAAGCGACGAGGAAAUAAGAGCAUUAAAACGAAAAAUAAAAGAGAAAAAAUUAAGAAAACGGAUGUCAAAAAUAGAGACUCAGAACGCUUUUAGUGAACGAAGCACUUCAAGCAAUUCACGAUCGACGUCGAGUUUUUUCAGCGACUCAACUUUCAGCUCGUCUUACAGUAGCUCGGCUACAGAUGAGACAAUCCCAAAAGAUGCUACAUCGCAGAAGACGCUUAGCAGGAGUUGGGAUAAUGUGUCUUUGAGUCCGAACCAAAGCAAAACGAACGUAAAUACCGAGUCUACCAACAAUCCGAAGCCGGCAGCUCAUACCAUAGAAGAAACAGCACCGGAACCAAAGCCGGAUGAUUAUUCUGCAGAAGUAGUUGCAAAGCUGUUGCUAAAGAAAUUUGUUGGGCGAAAACUGCCCGCAGCAUCAGAAUUAAAAUGGAUUGUAUCCGAAGUCCAGGUUCCGCAGAAUAUCCUUCCAUUACCGAAUGCUUGGCCUGUGUCACCGGAUGAUGCGCAGCCAAAUGGUUGGGGAAUGUCGGGUGAAGAUGCAAAUAACAUCAAGAACUUCAGAAAAGCAUCAAUGCCCACUCGAAUUCGCGGAAAUUUGGAGUGGGCUCCUCCGAGGCCGCAAAUAAUUUUCACUUCUCACCCUUACAUGAAACGAAAAUCCGCGCUCCAAAAGCAGCAUUAUCGUUGUGCUGGUUGUGGGUUAAAAGUCACUCCAAGUCUCUCAAAACGGUUUCGCUAUUGUCAUUACCUUGGGAAAUAUUUCUGCACCAGUUGCCAUCAAAAUCGAACACAGUUGAUUCCGUCAAAAAUAAUCACUAAAUGGGACUUCAAACAAUAUCCUGUCUCCGAUUUUGCGUCCGACUUUCUUUCAAAAGUCUGGAAGGAACCACUCUUUAAUGUAGCUGGUAUUGACAGCACUUUAUACAAAAGGGUCAAAUUGAUUGACAACAUCAGGGAAUUGAGACUAAAACUACAUUAUGCAAAUGGGUUUUUGAAAACUUGCAGACUUGGCGAAAGUUUACAUGAAAAUUUCCGAAAAUUGCCAGCGCACAUAGUAGACGAUAUUCAUUUGUAUUCUGUGGAUGACUUUGUCCAGGUGAAAAAUGGCGAUCUUUUAAAUACGUUCAAAUCGCUGAUUAGCACAUCAUUAAAGCAUAUAAAAGAAUGCCAGCUUUGUGCCGUAAAGGGAUUUGUAUGCGAAUAUUGCCGAGACUUUGAUGACAUUUUAUAUCCAUUCGAACUUAACAAAGUCACGUCUUGUCCAAUUUGUAAGACCUGUUACCAUAAAACAUGUUUUGUGCCAGAAAAAUGUCCCAAAUGCGAACGGAUCUGGGCAAGGCAGCGAUUACUCGACACGAAACCGACCGAACAUCUAUGAUAAUUUUUACUAAGUUAAUGAAACGAUUUGUAAUCUGUUCUCAAGUAACAAUUUUUGCCAGUUAUUGCUUUUAGCGGUUUCGACGAAAUGUGCCAUUUUGUGUCGCCAGUAAAACAUCUUAUAACCUAGCAAUAAGUGAAAAUAGAAAGUUGGAUCGAGGAGCUCACCGUUAUGACAAAGCGGACUUCAAGAUUUCUCAUUUAUAAUGAUUUUCUUAAUAGUUUUCCAAUGCCUGGGGUUGCCUCUUAUAGGAUGAUGUUGGGGGGGGGCCUCCACUCAAUGGUGCCUUCAGCUUUAUUUUAUAUUGACUGCCGUUUUUCCAGAUAAUAUUCUUAAUCCGUGUUAUCUUGUGUUCAAUUGCUGAAAUGGCUGAUCAAAUCGUUUCUUUAACUACACCAUAUUUAUCUAGCCUCGUUGUUACUUGAAGAAUUAAGGAGCAAUAGCAAAGAGGAAUCUUCAAACGACAGAGAUGAUCUAAAAGCAUUUGAGAAUUCAAAAUUUUGAUCAUUUAUACAAAAAAAAUGUUUCACUGGCGACAAAAUGUAUAUGAUAUAUAAUCGAUGCGGUUAACUUAAAUUAAAUCGUUUUGAAUUGUAAAUCGAAAAUGGCAAAGGGGAGGUGCCGAUUGCUGUAGGUGAAUUUGUUUUCCUGAAUAGGAUAUUUUUUUUCUUUAUCGAGAUAGGGGUAGUCCCCGAAUAGCAUGUGAUGCUUUGGGAACGGAAAGGGACUGGGUCUAAUUCGCUGGCUAGUUAGUCGUUAUGAUUCUGUACCUUUGGCUGCAACGUUGUGCACAGGACGCUGACGAGAUCUGCUGAGCACCUUUCAUGGUUCAAGGGUCCAGCAGGGGUGUAGUGCUUUGGAGAACAGUAACUACUUUGGGGGAGAAUCUUGUAAUUUUUCAGGCACAGCUCAAAGCACAAUUAGGCUGAGAUAUGGGACAAGGUCACUUUUAGAUGGGAUCAAACACUUUUAGUUAUCCAUUGAACACAAAGAACGCCUUACCUCGCAUUUUCAAAGCCAUCUUGGAGUAAAGAUUUGGGUCGGUUGAGAAAUUCCCCUGAUUUAUGGUGGUUAAAAAAGUUGAAGUGGACCAAGGGGCCCAGUAUUGUGAAAUAUGCCCAGUGACCAGUAUGAGGAAACCAGGUUUCUCUAUUAACUGCCUUUAUUAUGUACAUAAAACUAUGAAUUAAUAUAAUUGAUUAAUGUGUGAAUACGUUUUUAUAAGUUUUGUUCUUGUUGUUGGUGUAAAAUUUUUAGAAUUUGUAAAUCAAUUCCAGUGUAAGCGGUAGCAUUCCAGGUUUCAAAAUCGAAAGAAAGUUCUGA